CAUCUAAUCACGAUCGCGUUGUUUUUGUUUUACAAUUUUAAAACAACCUUCUUAAUUUAAAUGAGCUAUAUUGCAGCUCUUUCGAAUUGCUUAAUGCAGUUCAGUCGUGCUAGCGGAUAUGCUAUCUUAAUGUCUACCUUGCUAGCAAUGCUAGGCUAGCUUGCUAUUACUAUUGUUAUAAUCAUUCCGAUCAUCUGAAUUCUUCUAAUUUCGUAUACAUUUCCGAUGGCUGUACAUUUAUUUUUGCACGUCACCUCAACCAAGCCACGUUUUGACGUAUAUUAACCAAAUGUUGACAUCGAGUGGAUUAUUAUGAAAUGAAUUAGCUAAUUUCAACAUGGCACUCUGUCAGCCACACCGCCCCGAUGUGUGAAGGACCUUAACAAAUAAAUGUCUGACGUGACAAUGAAUGGGCAAGAGGGUGGUGUUGUGUCAUUUGAUGAAUAUGUGCGACAAAAGGCCCGCAGCGUCCCCCAGCACCAGAUGAAGGAGUUUUUAGAGUCGCUUGCCAAGGGUCCAGAGACACUACAAGAGUUCAGUCAACAGGGACAUACAGCCACAACUACUACCAUGGUGUACCAGCAAGGCGCCAACUGUGCCUACACAGAUAGCACAGAGGUGGCUGGAUCUCUGCUGGAGCUGGCUUGCCCGGUACAGGUGUCUGCAGCAGAGAUAUCCCCUCAACUGCAUCAAGAAUCUGAGCAACAAAUUCAAGUGCAGGUACAUAUCCAGGGACAACCCACAGGCCAAGUGAUUCAGAUGGCUUCUCCCACACAGAAAGACCUGCAGGGCAUUUCAACCGGCCAGCUUGUCCAGCAGGGAGAGCUAACAGAGGAGCAGCAUCAGCAGAUUCAGGCCCAGUUGGUGGCGGCUUUGGCUGGAGGACAGCAUAUCCAACUACAAGAUGGACAGCAUAUUCAGCUACAGGACGGACAACACAUUCAACUACCGGACGGGCAACACAUUCAGCUACACGACGGACAUCAGAUCCAACUCCAGGACGGACACCAUAUCCAGCUGCCCGACGGACAACACAUCCAGAUCCAAGACGGACAACAUAUCCAACUGCACGACGGCCAGCACAUCCAACUGGACGGGCAACACUUUCAGCUGCAGGACGGCCAGCACAUCCAGCUGCAGGACGGCCAGCACUUUCAGCUGCAGGACGGGCACCACAUCCAACUCCAGGACGGACAGCACAUCCAACUGCCCAACGGCCAGCAGAUCCAGAUCCAGGCCAUAGACCCUCACUCCGCCGUGCAGCAGCAGCAGCAGGGCUCCUCCAGGGAGGUGGUGGCGCGGCGGGCGGCCACCCUCCCCACCGUCCUGCAGCCGGCCAAGAAGCGCAAGGUGGACGUGCCCCUGGCCGUGUCGUACGCCGGCCAGCAGGUGGCCACGCUGCUGACCAUCCCCCAGCAGGGGCAGCAGCAGCAGAGCUACGUGUCCAUCCGGCCCGACCUGCUGACGGUGGACAGCGGGCAGCUCUACAGCACGGCGGGCACCAUCACGGGCCCGGCGGGCGAGACGUGGACCAUCCCGGUCUACUCGACGCCGCAGCAGCAGGGCGUCACCCACAUCGCCAUCGCGCAGGAGGCGUUCAGCAACGCGCUGCAGGCCGCCGGCGCCCAGAAGGACCCGAAGGGCGCCCCGCUGAAGGCGAGCAUGCAGCAGCUCUCCGCCCGCACCCAGGAGGAGGUGCUGCAGACGCUGCUGCCGGCGCAGUUCAUGAACGGCAACAUUCACAUCCCCGUGGCGGUGCAGACGGUGGGCGGGGCGUACGGCACCACCACGCAGUCGCUGCACAUCUGGGAUCCACAGCAGCAGCAGCAGCAGAGCCAGCAGGAGGGCCAAGACGGACAACAGCUCCAUCUGCAGCAGGGAGAGACGCAGUCUAACGGCCAGUCCCAUAUAGAGCUGCUAGUUCCCGUCUGUCUCAAGCCGGAGGAAGGCCUGGAUGUCUGGCGCUUCUGGGCCCAGCGUAAAAACGCAGAGCUCGCCAAGGAAGAGCGGACCAAGCUCGCCCCUAUUGGCCGUCGCCAGCCGCUCCACUUCCAGGAGGACCUGGUGUCCAGCGCCGUGGCGGAGCUGAACCUGGCUCUGGCCCUGAUGACCCAGGAGGCCCGCGGGACUGAGGCGGAGCAGCUGGCUCCAGACGUCCUGUAUUACGUCUUUCUGUGUAUCCAAAAGUAUCUCUCGGAGAACGGGCGCGUGGACGACGUGUUCUCGGAUCCGUACUACGUGCGUUUCUCCCAGAGCUUACACAAGAUCCUGGACGGAUGGAGACCCAGUGUCCAUCCUUUAGGUUACCUGAUCCCCAGUCAUGUGACAGAGGAGAUGCUGUGGGAUUGUAAGCAGCUGGGAGCCCAUUCACCGGCCACCCUACUCACCACCUUGAUGUUCUUCAACACCAAGUACUUCCAUCUGACGACCGCCGAGCAGCACAUGAGGGUUUCCUUCUCCAAGGUGCUGAGACACACCAAGAAGAACCCCUCCAAUCCCAAGGACAAGUCCACGAGUAUCCGCUUCCUGAAGGGUCAAGGGCCACACCACCUGGGCCAGAAAGUGGCGGACGACAUGUAUAACGAGCAAGCGGAGGAUCCAGAGAACCCUCUUCGCUGUCCUAUUAAGUUGUAUGACUUCUAUCUCUUCAAAUGCCCUCAGAGUGCCAAAGGUCGCAACGACGCCUACUACCUGACCCCGGAGCCGGUGGUGGCGCCCAACAGUCCCAUAUGGUACUCCACCCAGCCCCUCAGCGGUCAGCAGGUGGAGCAGAUGCUGGCACGCAUCAUCGUGGUCAGAGAAAUCCAGGAGAUUGUCUGUCCGGCGCAAGGGAACUGAAACGAACCUACUGCCUGAAAGCACUGACUGUUGUGCUAAUUUAGCACGUCUGUGGAUCUCUCAAGUCAAGACGCCGGCUCGAGGGAGAUGUGUAAUAUACGCGACACAGAAGGUGGGGCUGCUGACCUCUCAGCGGAACAUCACUCAGACCUACCACAACCUACACACAGCACACGCCCUACCAAACUCUGGAACUUUUGAGGUGGAAAAGUGCAGAUAGCAACAGCUUGAUUGCGGUCGGAUGAGGACUAUAAUGGGUGGUGCAGAGUACAUUAUUAUUUAUCUUUAUGGAGAUAAUUGGCCUUUUCCUUCCUUUCUGACCUUGUAACCUUGUCAUACUCCUGUUCUGGUGCCAGUGGUCAUUAUAGAUAAAAACUGACUGGUCUUCCCACUUAGGAUUAUGUAUUGCAUUUUUGUUUCGCUGUAUGUAUUAAUUGAACUUUCAAUUAUUAGUGCCAUUCUUCUAAUGCUUCUAAAUCUUUAAGCGGUGUAAAAUCAAAAAAAGGCUAAAAUGGUCACAAGAUAAAAGUGCUUAGUUUUUCAGGAACUGUAAGACGUUUUUGCUCUCAGGUCAAUUUUAAGAAAAUAAACUUGAUAUGUUUUUGUAA